AUGGUUGUGAAGAUGAUGAAGUGGAGACCAUGGCCUCCACUCUCAGCCAAGAAAUUCGAGACCAAGAUCAUUAUUCGCCACCUCAAAGAGCUACGCAUAUCUCAACAGGUGAAUGAUGAACAAAUCACUCUUGAAGAUUUUGCAAGAUUUUCUGUUGAGGUAAAGUGGAGAGGCUCAAAGGGCAAUGCUUUCAGCUCUUUGAGAAGAAGUGUGAAAAGAAAUCUCACAAAAGAAGAGGCUUUGAAGGAUAAUGGAGUUGUUGAAUGGAAUGAGGACUUUCAGAAUGUUUGCAGGUUUUUGGUGUAUAAAGAAGGGGGCUUGAAUCAAGCAGAAAAGGAAAAGGUCCAUGUUGUUGCAACUGCGUCAUUGAACCUCGCGGAAAUUGCUUCUGCAGCCGAGGAAAAAGAGAUUGAAAUCAGCAUUCCUCUUGCAAUCUCUAAUGGCAGCAUCGGGUGUAGCCUUUCACUUUGUUUAUUUCUCAGCUUCUCGGAACUAAGAGUUGCCCAGGAACCUUCAGAAAGAGUGAAGAGCUCAUUUGUGUGUCUUCCACUAUCAUCCUCUACUGGAGAAGUUUUAACUAGAGAGAAAGGCGAACCAUUCACUCUUAAAGAAGGUCAGAAGAAAGCAAAAAUCUUCGAAGGAUUAUCAUCUGGAGGAGUGAAGAAGGCAUGUUGUGAAGAAGAGGGCAGUGAUGGAAGAAGCUCAGUCAGAAAUGACGAUGUCGAGUCCAACUACCCAUUUGACACCGACUCACUUGAUGAUCUGGUUGAAGGGGAAUCAGAGAAAGGAAAAGACAAUUCUGGUGUUGGAAUGUCAUUCAGUUAUGGAACAUUGGCCUAUGCAAACCAUGUUGGAGGAUCAUAUUGCUCGAAUACGAGCAGUAGUGAAGACGAGGAUUGGAUCUAUUAUUGCAAUUGCAAAUCAGAUGCAGGGGUGCAUGUUAAGUAUUCAAGCGCAUCAAUGCAUGAUCAGUCCACGCGGCAGAGCUCGAAGCACAGCAUCCUCCCAUGGAGAAAGAGGAGGUUGAGCUUCAGAUCUCCUAAAGUCAAAGGAGAGCCACUAUUGAAAAAAGAUUCUAGAGAAGAAGGUGGGGAUGAUAUUGAUUUUGAUCGUAGACAUCUUAGAUCAUCUGAUGAAUGCACUUUUGAGUGUAAAACUGAAGAAGAUUCAAAUGCAAACAGAUCAUCAAUCUCUGAGUUUGGGGAUGACAGCUUUGCUGUGGGUAGCUGGAAGCAAAAGGAGGUAAUAAGCCGUGACGGGCACAUGAAGCUCCAAGCCCAAGUCUUCUUUGCUUCUAUUGAUCAAAGGAGUGAACGAGCGUCAGGUGAGAGUGCAUGUACAACACUGGUUGCUGUCAUUGCUGACUGGUUCCAGUCCAACCGUGAUGAACAUCCCAUCAAAUCCCAACUUGAUAGUCUGAUACGAGAAGGUUCAUUAGAGUGGAGGAACCUCUGCCAAAUCGAUGCCUAUAGGGAGCAGUUUCCAGACAAACACUUUGACCUUGAUACCAUCCUUCAGGCUAAAAUCCGUCCUCUCUCUGUUGUUCCAGAGAAAUCUUUUGUUGGGUUUUUCCAUCCGGAAGGGCUGGAAGAUGGGGCUUUUGACUUCCUCCACGGAGCCAUGUCCUUUGAUAGCAUCUGGGAUGAGAUCAGUCAAGUUGGGUCCGAAAGCCCUUGCAAUGGUGAUCCUUUAGUCUACAUUGUAAGCUGGAAUGACCACUUUUUUGUCCUGAAAAUUGAAAGAGAUGCAUACUACAUCAUCGAUACAUUAGGUGAGAGACUUUACGAGGGUUGCAACCAGGCUUAUAUCUUGAAAUUUGACAAAGAUACAAUAAUCAAGCGUCUACAUGACAAAAUUCAAUCAUCAGAUGAAAUGGCUGUUGGUGAUAGGAUGCAAACAAGUGAUCCAAAGGAGAUGACUGCAAGUGAAAGAACUAUGAUUAUCAACACUGAGAAUUCGAGAAAUAGCGAGGGAGAAGAUACAGUUGUGUAUAGAGGCAAAGAGUCAUGCAAGGAAUACAUCAAGAGCUUUUUAGCUGCAAUUCCGGUAAGGGAAUUGCAGGUUGAUCUAAGGAAAGGGUUGAUGGCAUCAGCACCCCUUCAUCACCGACUACAAAUUGAGUUCCACCAUACCCAGUGCUCAUGGCCCUUGGCUGAGUUUUCUACAUAA